AUAAAUGAGGUAUGGAAUUAAUCAAAUGAAUACCUUUACAGAAGAGCAAAAAUGUAUAAACCUCCUCGACUACCUUUGGAUUAUGGAUGCGCCAAUAAGAAUACAAUCUGGCGCAAUGCAUUAAACUUUAACAGACAAGAAAAGCGAUGGAUCCGCGGAUAUUUAAGAACUAUUUGGAUUUUUCAAUUACUGGGACUUUCUGUAGGUGCAAGUGUAUCAGCACCCAAAGUGGAACACGAGGGGCUUUGUCCCAACACAUUGAACACAAACCUCUGGGUUGACGCACAAAGCACCUGCGAGAGGGAAUGCAACGUUGACGAGGACUGUGCCGACUUUGAGAAGUGCUGCACCAAUGUGUGCGGCCUCAACAGUUGCGUUGCUGCACGGUUCUCUGACGGUACGACUGCUCAGCCUGGUGGCUUUGGAGGAGGGAAAGGGGAUGGUCCACCAGGCUCCACGGCAACCUGCGAUGGAUUCAUCUGCAGCCAGCAGGGAGCCACAUGUGACAUCUGGGACGGGCAACCCAUCUGCAAGUGCCAGGACCGGUGCGAGAAAGAGCCCAACUUCACCUGCGCAUCUGAUGGCCUCACAUACUUCAACCGCUGCUACAUGGAUGCAGAGGCCUGUAUCCGGGGGGUGACUCUAACGGUAGUCACCUGCAGAUUCUACCUUGCAGGACCCCACACUAGUCCGCUACCUCAGGACACAACUGCUAAUCCCACACCAACAUCCUCUCAAGAGCACCCGAUGCCACCCACGCUGUACUCCAACCCUCAUCACCAGUCUAUUUAUGUUGGAGGCACGGUUAGCUUCCACUGUGAUGUUAUAGGCAUCCCCAGACCUGACGUAACCUGGGAGAAACAAAGUGAGCGGCGUGAGAGGCUGGUCAUGAGGCCGGAUCAAAUGUACGGCAAUGUGGUGAUUACCAACAUCGGACAGCUAGUCAUCUACAAUGCUCAGGUGUGGGACACGGGCAUCUACACUUGCAUCGCACGCAAUUCCGCAGGGGUUCUCCGUGCUGACUACCCCUUAUCAGUUAUACGUCGGGCUGAUGACGACUUCUCCGAAGAUCCAGAGAUGCCAAUGGGGAGGCCCUUCUCACCAGCAGAUUGUCUGGCUGAAGUGGACACGAGAACAUGCAGUGGUGAGCGCCAUGUGGAUUGGUAUUACGACAGCAAGCUUGGCUCCUGCAUGGCGUUCAGCAACAGUGGAUGCGAGGAUAGCCGCAACCGAUUUGAGACUUAUGAGGAAUGUAAAGCCUCCUGCCAGAGAGAGGGCAUGGGGAUCUGCUCCCUCCCUUCAGUCCAGGGUCCCUGCAAAGCUUGGGAAGUGCGUUGGGCUUGGAAUUCUAUCAUGAAACAGUGCCGAGCGUUCGCCUAUGGUGGCUGCCAGGGGAAUGCUAAUAGCUUUGCCACACAAAAGGAAUGUGAAGCAAACUGCCCAACACCCAAAAGGAAACCUUGCAAGACAUGCCGGGUUAAGGGGAAAAUGGUUCCCAGUCUAUGUCGCAGUGACUUUGCCAUUGUGGGGAGGCUAACUGAGCUCGUUGAGGAUCUGGACUCAGGAUUGGCCCGCUUUAGCUUGGAAGAAGUUCUCAGAGAUGAAAAGAUGGGCUUGACUUUCUUCAACACCAAACACCUUGAGGUGACCAUUGACAGGAUAGACUGGAGUUGUCCCUGCCCAAACAUCACUAUGGAGGAGAACCCCCUACUGGUGAUGGGGGUGGUGCAAGACGGCAUGGCAGUCAUCCAUCCAGACAGUUACGUCAGGGCAAUAACUGAUCGCAGACUUAAGAAGCUCCGUGAGGUUCUGGUUAAAAAGACCUGCCAGACAUUGUAAAACUCCCGAGACUUGUUAUUGCACAGAUGGCUGCAGGACCAAAUGGCACUGUGAAACAUUUAGCACUGAGGUGGAGAUUAACCCUUCAAAAAUUAAACAAGAUACAGAAGCACUACUGGUAUCUAAAGCCACUUAAAAUAUAUUAUGUAUGUAGUAUGUUGAGGUCUUAUUCUGGUGUUUUUAUUUUGAUUUUAAUAAACACUGUAGUUUAUUCUUUGCCUGUAUUAUUGCAUUCACAAUGAAAUUUACUUUUAUAGCUGUCAGAAAAUAGCUUUAUACUAACUUGUGUUGCUUAGCAAAACGUCACCUAAAUUGUCUUAAUACCAUUUUUUAAAAUUGUUUUCAAUAUCUAAUGUGCACAUUACCACCUAUAAAUCACAAUAAUUUAUCACUAUUAUAUCUGCUAAAUGACCUUUAUCUACAAUGAGAAGAAAAACACAAAAAAACAAACCCAUAAAAUUAAGGUAAGCUCCAAGUUCCUUUUAUUCAGAUGUUCAAUCAGGGAUAUUUUGUACUAAGGAUAUAUAGUAUGAUACAAUCAUUCUGGCUGUUUAUUGUUCAUGUCAAAUUUAUUUGGCAACAUGUCUGAGCCAAAAGUUCAUUUAAGGCGCUUGCUGUUAUCUGUUCAGCAUACGAGCAGGGCACAUCACACCAAACUUUCCUUCCUGAACAGGAGACAUUUGU